CGAAGCAAAAAAAUGGGCCCGAAGAGACAAUACGAUGACCUGGCCCAGCCAUCCAAAGCGGGAAGCAGCGGAGACGGCGGCGGCGGCGGCGGCGAUGACAGACCGUCGAAGGCGCCACGGCUCUCGCCGGCACCUCCACCGCCACCUCCCGCGCAGUCGCACUCUCGCGACCAGACGGCGCUUCCCUCCUCACUGCCCCCGCUUCAGCCGCCUCCCGUCGACAAGGAUGCGGUGGGUCUGGAAGAAGGGGAGAUAGAAGAUGAUGCAGAUCCAGGGGAGGAUGAUCAAGAUUCCCAAGGGAAGCUCGGAGUAUCACUUCCUGAACUUUCACUCGGCCAGUUGCUGGUUGGGGAAACGUACGUCAGAUCACCAAAGGACCACGGUGUCCUCACUGGUGGUUUGCGGUGUCCAGAUGCUUAUCCGAAAAUAUUAGGACGUCAGGAACAACUAUCGGAAUUGGUUCGUGAAUCUCCAGAUAACUCCAUCAUCCAGGAAAAGAUGAAGAUUCUCAAUAAGCAUUAUGUGCGCUUCAGAAGAACUCUCCGAGAUGGCAGCUGUUUUUACAGAGCUUUUAUGUUCUCCUACAUGGAGAUCCUUCGACACCUGCAAGAUAAACAAGAUGAGGUUACUCGUCUUAUGGAAUGUUUGGAUAUCUCUAAAGAUAGAUUCUCUCGUCUUAGGUGGCACAAAGCAGACUUCUCAAUAGAUCCUGAAAAAUACUUCUCAAGAGUUGUUUCUGAGCUCGAGGAGGUUAUCAAUGUCAUUGCAGCAGGCUGUACUUCUGAAUGGCUGUACCAGAGAAGCCUGCAGGAGUCCUUUUCAGGCAGGGUUAUACCUCUCCUUAGGUUGCUUACUGAGACUGAAAUCCGUACAGAGAAGUUCUACAAGCAAUAUAUCCCAGAAAAUCUGAGUGUUUGCCAGUUCUGUAGGAAAACGGUGCGAUCCCUUGAUGCUGAAGCUAGCACUAUACAAAUGAGGGCUUUAACAUUCGCACUUGGCAUACCGUUGCGUGUUGAGGUUGUGGACAACAGCUUGAUGGAUCAAGGUGUGUUAGUGAAGCGCCUCGAUUUCUUCCAUGAGACAGAUUGGGACAAGGGCCCUCUCCGUUUGACUCGGGGCUACCUUUCUUCGAGCACAGCUCCUAUACAACUGAAGCAGGGAAGCUACAAUGCCGACUUGCUAUCACCUGAUGGCACACCCAUGCCGACCUUGUUGUGUAGGCGUGACCAGUGUGACAUUCUUUACCGCAAGUGAACAAAGUAUGCGAGUUCGCUCGCUCGCUCGACAAAAACUACGUCCGGGAUGAUUAUAUGGAAGCCUAGUAACAGUCUUGUAUAGUGUGGGUGGCCGUUUGUCGGUCUGCUCCCAAACAACCUGUGAGUGACUACUUCUGCUACGAGGUUUACCCUGAAUGACAUGCCAUGUUCUGCUCCUUGGUUUUCUUGUUCUUGCUGAUGCUGUUGUUAGUUACACCUGUAUUUGGAAGGAAGCUACAGAAUGGAAGAUAUGAUAGGCACAUAUGAAGAAUUAUUGGGAUACUGUUUUUUGCAAAGAUUUGCAACAUCAAACCUGGCUUAUGUCAGAUUCUGUGA